AGCACCUCUACGAUCGUUGAUAUGGGCUGAUAUUCCUCGUGACCUUUUGUUUAUCAUCGGGUAGUAUGGCUGGAUAGCAUCUACCGCAGCGGGCCGAUCUAAUCAUCUUAAGUAUUCCAUGCAUGAGCUCGUGGCUCAAAAAAGGAUAUGUUUAUUAUCUAAGGAUACCACAACAUUGUACUUGCCAAGGUCAUCGACAUCGAAAAAUAAUGUUUCCACCAUUCUCUGUGAUGGACAGUACUGGAGCCGAUAUACAUGCCGGUUUGUUCGCUUCUUGCAUUUCAGGGUGUUUCACUAUUGCGCGAAACCUCAUCCGCAUUCGAGUACUUGUGUGUCCUAGGAAGUAUUAGACCGGUCGUACCUGGCUGUUUUACUGAACGGAUUAUUGGCUAGAGCAAUACACCUGGAAGUUCUCUUUGGACGAUGGACAAGCUCUGAGUGCCAGUG